AUGGCAGGCGCCACCAACGGCGGCGGCGGCGGGGGGAAGGUGAUCAGCAUGCCGCUGCAGUACUUCUGCGUGCUGGCGGCGGCGGUGGUGGCCGUGAUGGUGCUGUCGCUGUCCUUCAUGUCGCCGGCGGCCAUGGUGGCCGUCCGCCACAACCUCGGCUCCUCCGUGGCGGCCGCCGCCCCCGGCAGCAGCAACAGCAGCGGCGGCGCCGCUGCCGGCCUGGCCGCGGCAUCACCGCCGCCGGUGGCACGGGAAGAGAAGGAGCAGGCGCGGCGGCGGCCGCCGGUGGUGCUGUUCAACUUCGGCGACUCCAACUCCGACACCGGCGGCGUGGCGGCGGCCGGCGGGAUGCGGAUCAUGCCACCCGAGGGCCGCACCUACUUCCACCACCCCACGGGCCGGCUCUCCGACGGCCGCGUCAUCAUUGACUUCAUCUGUGAGAGUCUGGGCACGCAUGAGCUGAACCCAUACCUCAAGGGAAUUGGUUCAGACUACAGCAACGGCGUCAACUUCGCCAUGGCGGGCUCCCACAGUGACCACGGCUUCUCUGACUACUCCCUGAACGUCCAGGUCGACCAGUUCGUCUACUUCAGGCACAGAUCCCUGAGGAUGUUUGAACGAGGACUGAAAGGGCCGGUGAGCAAGGAAGGGUUUGAGAACGCUCUGUACAUGAUGGACAUCGGCCACAACGACAUGAUUCUGUAUGACAAUGGAGCGAGGAAGUUCUGGGUCCACGGCACGAGCGCGUCCUGGGGUGCCUGCUGGCGCUGGUGGUGCAGGGAACAAGGGCGAGAAGGACAAGCACGGUUGCCUCGCCGGCGUCAACAGGGCUGCCAUAGGCGUACAACAAGAAGCUCAGCCAGCUCUGUGACGACCUCCGGUUCCACCUCAAGGGCGCCACCGUCGUCAUACACCGACAUGUUCGCCAUCAAGAUACGACUUCGUCGCCAACCACACCAAAUACGAGCUUGCUUACGCUCUAGUUCUUCUCCAGGGAUCGAGUGGCCGUUCAUGGUGUGCUGUGGCAACGGCGGGCCGCCGUACAACAUGGAGCAGGGAAAGCCUGGCUGCGGCGACCUGUGCCCACCGGAGGCGAAGGUGGUCAGCUGGGACAGCGUGCACUUCACGGAUUUCGGCAGCGGCCUUGCUGCCAAGCUUACCAUGAGCGGGGAGUACUGCCCAGGGUGA